GAAUGAAGAGAGCGCGCGGCUGCUUAGGCCACCGCGGAGCACAGCCUCGAGUUCGCGGAGCCUCCCUGCGCCUGCGCGGAGAUCUCUCCCUCCCGCUUUGACAUCUCCAUCGCCGCUCGGCUGCUCUCCGGCCUCUUGCGCGCGAGAGGGGCGCGCUUGGCCGGCCUGGCGGGCGGCGGAUCCCCGGCUGCAGCUGCUGCGUGAGGGAGUAGAGGAAGGGCCCUUCCCGCGGCGCGGCCUCUCCCGAUGGGCCUCCGCCUGGCGGGGCUAUGGCUGCUCUUUACCAGAGCGCGGACCCGUCGGCCUCGGCCUCCCCUAACAAGCUGCUGGCGCUGAAGGAUGUCCGGCAGGUGAAGGAGGAGACCACCUUGGACGAGAAGCUCUUCUUGCUCGCCUGCGACAAAGGUAGGGCGUCGCUUAGGACGGGCCGUUGCGGGCCUCGGAUGGAGAGGAGCGGCCCGGCGUGGAUUUAGGGCGGUGGCGGCGCGCAAACCUCCGACUCGGCUCCUAAGGGUCUCAUGAACUCUGAGGAGAGAGGGAGUCCGUGCCCCCCUCCGCUGCGCGAAAAGUGAUGGAUACCGGGAAUAUUAUAUUGCUACUAUGGUUGUGGCCGCUAUACAUUGGUGGCUGAAGUGUGUUAACGGAUGCUGAGCAGCCGAUGAGGCUGCCCGUGAGGAUUGCAGGAUCUCCCAGUCCCUGGAUCAUAGCUGUCAACUUUUCCCUUUUUUAAAGGGAAAUUCCCUUAUUCCGAAUAGGAUUCCUCGCAAGGAAAGGGAAAAGUUGACAGCUGUGCCCUGGAUUUGAAUGUAUGCCUCGCUCUUUCUCAGCCUCUCUGCCUCUCACACCCGCACCUACUUCCUCACGGGAUGAUGAUGACCUGCACAGGUUGUUUGCUACCUCUCAAACCCAACCUUCCUCGCACUGCCUUGUGGUUAUAUAUAUAUAUAUAUGCCACAGGGAAAACGCAAAAGCAGGGGCAAGGUGGAUGAAGCGCCUUCUUAGGAAGUCAGAUUUAACUUGGCAGCAAAAUGUUCUCCUUGAAUAAGCAUCUUUUGGGGUGUUUUGUCUACCCCCCCCCCCCAGUUCCCAAUGCAUAGCUGUCAACGUUUUCCUUUUUUAAAGGGAAAUUCCCUUAUUCCGAAUAGGAUCCCUCGCAAGAAAAGGGAAAAGUUGACAGCUAUGUCCCAACGUGGGGCACAUGCCCCACGGGGGGCAAUUUGGUUUUGAAGGAAGGCAAUUCGAGAAUGAGUUAUUAACAGUUAAUGGCCUUUUAGGCUUCCUCUGUGUGAAAAGGAGAUCACUUUUAGAAUAAUAAGAAUUAUAUGUCAGGGGCAGGCUGGAAGGGGUCAGGAUUUUAGAGAUGCUUAGAUGGGGCAUGGACAAAAAACGGUUGGGAACCACUGGUCUACCCUUUGCGCAAGGGUGAAAAUGUUGCUGGCUUCUGUCCCUGAGGACGAAUAGGGCCUUUCUCCCUUUCCUCCAUUAUUGGGAAGAGAGUUCACCUGAAAUUCUGUGGCUUUCUGCGUAAUCAAUUGAGCUCUCUUAUGUCCAAGUACUGCAUUUCUGCUAGUUUGCUUUCAUGGGAUGCACUGCCUGCUCCUGGUUGCAGUCACCUUCUGAGUUGCGAGGGUUCAGGAGACUUGGAUUCAAAUCCCCACUCAAGCUGUGAAACAUGCUAGGUGAACUUGGUCAAGUUGCACACUUGUGGCCUCACCUUUGCUCAAGGUUGCUGUGAGGGUAAAAUGGUAGAAGGGAGGGAGAACCAGUGAACACAUUUAACUGAGGCAGGCCCUGACCACCUGAGUAUCCCCCCCCCCCCCCCGUUUGCAGCUUGUUCUGGCCUUGUGCCUUUCCUCCUGCCAUUUAUGGAUGUGCAGUAGGGCAGUCAACAGAGCACUGUGUGCCUACCCAUCACAGUCAUUUUCUUCAUUAGUUUGUCACUCAGCCUAUGCAGGGCAGACAGAUUCACCACUUACAGGGUGCUCCACUAAACAGCUGACAUGGGGAAUGAAUGAGGGGACCAUAACAAUGCUGCCGCCUUCCCCAGUCAUCUGGCACGUGACUUGGCUAACUCAUUAUACCUUUUGACAGGCUUGCCCUGCCUGUUGGUUUUAAUUAAUUAUUUCACAUGCAUUCAUGUAAAAAGUGGGGGGAACAGUAAUAAUCUGGAAGUGAUUCUUUAUAUAUGUGGGCAACAUAAAAGUUACUGAGAUUUAGAAAUGUAUGUAAUAAGUACAAAAAUUAUUAACUGCUCUCAUUUUGAUUGCUGUCACGCAUUAUGUUAUUAAUGCUAAUUUAAUUUCCAAUUUCUCUUGCUGAAGCAUUGCCUUACUAAAAAUUAAAAAUAUAUAAUAUCAGAAAGACAUUCACAUGUUAUAAAUUCAACAUUUCUGUCUAAUACACAAAAUGUUUGAAGGCAUUCUGACUUUUUUCACUUUCCCACUUGGAUCCAAAUAAUUUGUUUCAUUUAAAUUUUAAAAAUAUGUACACAAUAGGAAGAAACAGACGUAACUUACCUAGAAAUAUGGAGCCCAAUAUUUUUGGCAUAUUUUAAAACUAACAUGGGGGUUUCCUUGUGAGUUGUGUGGCUUUGGUCCUGUGGAAAUAUUUGAAAUGGUAUGACCUGUAACAAUAUGUGACUUUUAUAAUAUGUCACCUCUGCUGUCUUGUACAGAAAGGUAAAUUUUAGAAGAUGGUGGCAGAGGUUGGGUGUUAUUCUUUCAGCGAGAGAAGCAGGAUUAUAGUAUUCUGUUUGUGGGGUUGCACCUGCAUCAAGAGAUGUUAAAUAACUAUGAAGUUCAAGCAUAUUUGUAUAGUUGUCUUGGGGGGGGGUAUUUUUAGAUAAAGAGUUUCAUUUCUAGAAAUUUACUUGGUGGGAAGCUAAUUUUUUCCUAUAAAACUGCUCACAAUUCAUCAACCAUUUCUAGUUUCCUACACCUGCUGUAUUACCUGCUGCUUCGUAGAUAGAUCAAGUAUUUUUGUAUACUAAUUUUCAAUCAAAGGAUAGUGGUUCUUCCAGUUCACCACUUGUUGCCACCAUAGUUCUUCUAUCUAGGAUAUUAUUCCAGAUCCUGAGUUUCUUCUCAUGGACUGGAACAUAGCAAACAGAAUAAAGUAUUUAAGUGUACAUGAUAAAAAUGUUAUAUACUCCACAUAUUUACUGUACACCACACUGGUUCCUAUGCAUCUAUUUUACUUACAAGAUAUGAUUAGUGCUAAUAGUAUGUUAGGUGAGCAGGAUGAGGGAAGGAUCCUUUAAGCUUUAUUUUGCCACUGGAAUGUGACAGCUGAAAGCGUUGCUCAUUGGCUAGGCAGUACAUGUAAGGUGCAGGAUCAGUGCUUGUGCAUUGCAAGUGUAGGAUGUAGGUUUUUAAAAUCUCUACUUCAAAAAGCAGUGUGGUGUCACUAAGUCAGAGUGUUAAAGCAUCUGCUGCACAGAAGAACAUAGAACUAAGCUUGUAGGGAUGACUGAAUUUAAAAGCAAGUGUAAUAUUUAUUUGUGGUGCAGGGGUUAGAGUGUUGGACUAGGACCUGACAAUUAACAAUUGUAUGACAAGAGAAAUAAAUAUCAUCUUGUAUAAUAUAAUAUGAUAGAAUAUCAGCAAAUAAAAAGCACUAAAAUAGGUCUUUUGUCUAUUACUUGUUUAGGUGACUUUUACAUGGUGAAGAAACUUUUAGAAGAGAAUAGCUCUGGUGAUAUGAACAUAAAUUGUGUGGAUGUGCUUGGGAGAAAUGCUGUUACCAUAACUAUUGAAAAUGAAAAUCUAGACAUACUACAGCUGCUCCUGGAUUAUGGCUGUCAGGUACUAUAAUCUUCUUCUUCUGGAUGAUGAUGAUAGCCAUUGGAAUAAUCGUGAGAUUUAACUUCUUUUUACCUAUUGUUUCAGAAAAGAAACAUUUUCCUUCAGUGAACCUAUCUUUGUCAUUUUUGAAAAGUAUUCUUUUGUUCCCCAGUAUGCGAGUUGCUAUUACUUCUGCUUUAAUGUUCCAUUUUUUCAGUCUACAGAUGCACUCUUGGUGGCCAUUGACUCAGAGGUUGUGGGAGCUGUAGAUAUACUCCUUAAUCAUCGACCCAAACGAACCAGUAGACCAACAAUUGUUGUUAGUAUUACAUAAAUUAAAAGUAUUAUUCCCCAUCUUAAUACUGUUGCUCUGCUCAGAUUGUUGUGUUAAGCACAUAUAGUGGUACCUUGGUUCUUGAAUGGCUUAGUUGUCAAACAAAUUGGCUCCUGAAUGCCGCAAACCCGGAAGUAAGUGUUCUGGUUUGCAAACGUUUUUCAGAAGCCAAAUGUCUGACGCGGCUUCCGCUUGAGUGCAGGAAGCUCCUUCAGGAGUCGGACUCCCAGAACGGAUUAAAUUCGAGAACCAAGAUACCACUGUAUUUGAUAGUGGAAGUUUUGGAGAGUACAUUUAAGUGUCUUUUGGUUAUAUAUCUGAAAAUGAGCAGGGUAUUUUUUGUUGUUUUUUUCCUUUUUGGGAGAGGAAUGGGUGGGGUUUUAAAAUUAUUUGUACCCUGUAGCUAUCAUUAUCAAUACUCAGACUUGGACUGAGCCAGGGGUAUCUUAGAUUUAAGCAAAAGUAGAGUAGCAAUAACUAGGGCUUUUUUCAGCCAGAACUCAGUUCCGGCAGCUCUAGCUAAAAGAGAUGUAGCUGUUAAAUGGCAGUGUGGUACAAAAUUAACAAGGUGAAUUAUAUUUUCUGCCAUAAGCACAUUCAGUUCUGAAGAUUUAAAGUUUUAAAAUGUGAGAGACUGCAAUAAAUAUAUUAUUUUUGGCUGUAGAUUUGACAAUUUUUAGAUUUAAUCGCUGAUUUAACAAUUCAUAAAGCCAGGCUUCUUUCUCUCUGUUUCAGAAAUUAAUGGAACGUAUUCAGAAUCCAGAAUACUCAACAACAAUGGAUGUGGCACCAGUCAUUUUAGCUGCUCAUCGUAACAACUAUGAAAUUCUCACUAUGCUAUUAAAGCAAGAUGUGUCACUACCCAAACCUCAUGCCGUUGGCUGUGAAUGUACAUUAUGUACUGCCAAGAACAAAAAAGAUAGCCUUCGGCACUCCAGGUUACAGUAAUUAGCUGUUUAUUAAUGCAUGUAAUUUCCUUCCUGUCUUUUAGAAGAACUAGAUUUUAAGCAACCACUUGCCUGAUCACUUGUAGUGAGUAAGAAUCAUUUUGAGAGAAAAUCUGAAGUUAAAUGUUAGUGCACAUGCUUUGCAUGCAAAAUAUCCCAGGUUCAAUCCCAGGCAUCUCUAGGUAGAGCUGGGAAAUGGCUCUGGAGAGCUGCUGCCAAUCAGUGUAGGCAAUAUUGAACUAGAUGGACCAGUAGUCUUACACUGUGUAAGGCAGAUUCAUUUGUUCCAGGUGACCCAGGAGAGAAGCUUUUAUAAAAGAGGGUUGGUUAUUUGUUUCCUUUCAGGUCAUUAUAAACCACAGACGUGAAAUAGAUAAUUGCAUGUCCUUCUGCUAAACUCAGAAGAGGAUUGUCCCUUUUCUCAAGAUUUUUAGACUGCCACAUAUUUCAGCAUGAGGGACGUAAGAGGUUUUCCCCUCUUUGUACUGUGUUCUGAUAUUAUUUAUGCAAGAUUGUAUUUCAGCACAUAAAUGGGUGGCAGGGUGGCGAUGUGGCAGGGCAGGAUGAAAACAAAACUAGACAGACUUUUCUGUGCCCCAGCCUCGAGGCUUUUUAGCCAUUUGGGAACCCGUUAACAUUCAGACACCCCUAUUAGUGAGUUAUUGUAUGAUUGCAAAUAGCAUAGCAACCAAAUAUGUUCCAGCUGAAUUGUACAGGAUGUCUCUAAUUAUGUACUCAGACUUAAAGUUUGGGUUCCACUUCCAGUAUAAUGGGAAUUCUGCAAGUAUUUGCUGCAGUUUUCAUUUUAAUAUUCGUGUGCUUAUCCUUUUGAAAUAGCUAAUGUACCCCCUCUCUCUAUAUUUGCUAUUGUGCAAAACUGUUAGUAGCCUGCCAAACAGCUAGUAACUUGCAUUUCUCUGCUGGUCAUGGAGAAAAUAAGUUUCCUUCCUUAAUGGCUAGCAUGAAAACAAGCAGGCUGGCAGAAUAGGAACAGAGCAAUCCAUCCCUCAUUUGUCAGCCUGAUCAUGAAGUUGCCACAAGAAAUUUUUUGCUCCUGGUGGCUACCGGGUGAGUUGCUAACUACAAAGUUGAAUUAAUAAGCUUUCUUCAGUGCUGAAGCCAAAAUAAGUAAUUUGCCUUAGCACACAUGCUUUUGGAGAGUACCUAGGGCAUUUCUUGUUUCUUUUGUGAUACUGGAAAUGGCUUUAAAUGUAGAUAAAUAUACCAGACACCUGAAAUUAAACAGAUUACAAACAAACUAUGAGCUGAAAAUACUAUUGAAUAAAAACUGGUUGACUUAAGAUGUAUUCUUUGAUAUUUUUAUAACAGAUUUCGUCUUGAUAUUUAUCGAUGUUUGGCCAGUCCUGCCCUAAUAAUGUUGACGGAGGAAGAUCCAAUUCUGAGAGCCUUUGAACUUAGUGCAGAUUUAAGAGAACUAAGCCUUGUGGAAGUUGAAUUCAGGUAUCAGUAGCAAAUUAAUUUCUACUACUGUUUCCUUUUUAGUAUUAUGCUUCUAAAUAUAAUUGGAUGCAGGCACUUCACAAGUGAAUCAACAAAAUCCCAAUGAUCAGUUGUAAAUGAUAUCAAAGAAUUUACAGUGGAAUCCUAUGGAUUUGUGCUUAGGAUUGGUUUUGGCUAAUGCUCCUAAGUUUCAUAAAGGACCAAUGUAGCUGCAAACUAAUACGUUUCAGUUGCUGGAAAAAAAUGAUCUGUAUGCGUCAUUGACUAUGUUAAUUACACACUGGGAAAAAUUGAUUGCAGUCUAUUGGUUGGAUCUAGAACAAAGUUAGUUGCACUUACUAAAAUCAAAUGAAUCAUGACUAACUUGUCCCAUUGAUUUCAAUUAGACUGAAGCUUGCCUGAUUUAGUCUGGAUCCAGCCCAUUGAUUUUAAAUCAGUCCCCUUUCGUCAAUGAGUUAAAUCAUCCAUUUGAAUCACAUUCAUUUUUAACUCCUUCCAGUCUGUAUUCAGUUUGAAUAGAGGAAGGACCUUUCUUUGGUGAAAUAAACAUUAAAAAGACAUAAGAUCGUAAGAGACCUCUGCGUGAGACCAAAGGCUCAUAAAGUGCAGCAUCUUGGUCUUACUUGGCCCACAAGCAGGACCUGAGUGCAAGAGCACUCUCUGUACUUGUGAUUCCCUGCAGCUGAUAUUCUGCAGCAUACUGCCUCCCAAGAGUUAAAGUAAAAUAUACUCAUCAUGUCCAUUGUAUGCUAGUAUGCUUUUAUCUUUAUAUCCUAGAAAUGAUUAUGAAGAAUUAGCUCAACAGUGCAAAACCUUUGCUAAAGAUUUGCUUGCACAAGCACGGAAUUCUCGGGAGCUUGAAGUUAUACUCAACCAUACAGCAAGUGAUGAGCAUGUGGAUAAAAGGGGGCUGUUAGAAGAGAGAAUGAAUUUGAGUCGCCUAAAGCUUGCUAUUAAAUACAACCAAAAAGAGGUAUGUAUUUUUUCUUUCUUUCUUUUUUUACUAAUGUAUUAUGAAGGUGUCCGACUAAUUGAUGGGAUAGACCAGACUAUGAUAGAUCCAUAUCUUCAUAAUAAUAAUAAUAAUAAUAAUAAUUUUUAUUUAUACCCCGCCUUCCCCAGCCAAGGCCGGGCUCAGGGUGGCUAACAAGCAAUAAUAAAAACAAGUUGAAUGAAUACAACUUAAAAACAAGAUUAAAAUACAACAAUUAAAAUAUUCAUAAGCACACUGCUUCUAAUAGUUUCAAGAACCACAGCAUUAGGUAGGUAAAGAGUUGUAUCCAAUACUAGUCCCAUCAAAUGGAGAACAUCCAUUAUGGUGGAGAAAAGUGCUUGCAGAACUAUGUAUCCUGGGCAAAAUUGCAUACAAAAACAAGUGUAUUUGGAGGAAUUUACUCUAUAAUGUUGAUGAGCUUUCUUAAACUUCAUGAAUUGAUGGAGAAAUGUGGAGAACUGAAGUUAGGAUUGGGGAAGAAAUGAAUUGAGAAGAAACUAAAAUGACAGACUUGUUCAUCCCUAGUUGUGAAGUUCUGUUUGUUAUCUUGAUCCUGAAUAAUUAUUCUAAAUUUUACCUCUUAAAAGCAGAACCAUAUAAAUUACAGUUUGAAUCCGCACCCCCGCACAGGGUGAACGGAUUGCUCUGUCCCAGCUUCUGCCAACCUAGCAGCUUGAAAGCAUACCAGCAGAAGUAGAUAAAUAGGUACCACUGUGGCAGGAAGUUAAAUGGCAUUUCCGUGUGCUCUGGCUUACGUCACAGUGUCACGUUGUACCAGUAGUGGUUUAAUCAUGCUGACCUAGAAAGCUGUCUGAGGACAAACGCCGGCUCCCUCAGCUGGAAAAGCAAGAUGAGCACUGUACCCUAUGGUCACGUUUGAUGGGAUUUAACCAUCCAGUGGUCCUUUACCUUUUUACCUUUUACCACUACAGUCGCAGGUGGCGCUGUGGUCUAAACCACAGAGCCUUGGGCUUGCUGAUCAGAAGGUUGGGGGUUCGAAUCCCCGUGACGGGGUGAGCUCCCGUUGCUCUGUCCCUGCUCCUGCCAACCUAGUAGUUCAAAAGCAUGUCAAAGUGCAAGUAGAUAAAGAGGUAUCGUUGUGGCGGGAGGGUAAACGGCGUUUCCGUGCGCUGCUCUGGUUCGCCAGAAGCGGCUUAGUCAUGCUGGCCACAUGAUCUGGAAAAACUGUCUGCAGACAAACGCCGGCUCCCUUGGCCUGCAAAGCAAGAUGAGUGUGCAACCCCAGAGUCGUCCGUGACUGGACUUAAUGGUCAGGGGUCCCUUUACCUUUACUACAGUCAUACCUUGGUUUUCGAACAGCUUAGUUCACAAACAACUUGGAACUUGAACAUCACAAAUCCGGAAGUAGGUGUUCCAGUUUGUGAACUUUGCCUCAGAAGCCGAAAGUCUGGCGCAGCUUCCAUAGCUUACAAUUGGCUGCAGGAUGCUCCUGCAGCCAAUCAAAAGCCGUGCUUUGGUUUCUGAAUGUUUUGGAAGUCGAACAGACUUCUGGAAUGUAUUCUGUUCGAAUACCAAGGUACGACUGUAUAAAUUGUACAGUACAAUUGUAAUCUUACCCCGUUUUCUCCCGACUGGUUUAAAUAAAGCUUGAGUAAUGAGUUAUUGGCUACUUUGGACAGUAUUUAUUGAUGUAAAAUUAUUUUUCUAUUGCAGUUUGUUUCUCAGUCUAAUUGCCAGCAAUUUCUCAAUACUGUCUGGUUUGGACAAAUGGCUGGUUACCGUCGCAAGCACACGUUUAAGAAGAUUUUGACUGUCCUGACAGUUGGCAUAUUUUGGCCAAUACUGUCUCUUUGUUACUUGUUGGCUCCAAAAUCUCAAAUAGGCCGAAUAAUUCACACUCCGUUUAUGAAGUUUAUCAUUCAUGGAGCAUCAUAUUUCACAUUUCUGCUCUUGCUUAACUUGUACUCACUUGUCUACAAUGAAGAUAAAAAAAAUACCAUGGGGCCAGAAUUGGAGAGAAUAGACUAUCUUCUACUAUUUUGGCUAAUUGGUAAGUAUAAAAUGGUUAUAAAAUUAAUUGUUACAACUCUAACAUUGGAGCCCUGGCAAUAUUGUCUAGUAAUGGAAAAAGACAUAUUUAAUCUUAUUUUGACAGGGAGGAGCAUACCAGUCUUAAUAUAAUUGAAGGAUAUAUUUUUAUUUUACCAGGCUUAGGUGCCAUUACUAUAUAGGGGUGUGAUUGAUUAUGCUGUAGUUGGAUCUACAUAGGGCAUAAGAGUUGGGAGUUUUGUUUGUGUGCACAGACAUUGUAACACUGCAGUAGGAAAAUGAGAGAACUCUUUUGGUCUCCCAUAUCUUUUAAACCCUCUCCUGGUCUACGUUCCUCUACUAGUUUCCUUUGAGUGUAUUUACUUAUGCUAAGGGGAGAAGGCUCUGUGGUCACUGGGGAACCCCAUACCUUUGAAGGGAAAAAUAAUGUCCCAGUGAUUCUUAAGGUUUCUAAAAAGAUCCCAGGUUUCUAAAAAGAUCCCAGAGGUGAAAGUCUCGUAAGAAUUCAGCCAAACAACAAAUUACCAUUAAAAGACUUAAAUGUGGACAGGCAUGUUCGUUGUUGGUUCAUGCAACUCUUCUAUUUCAUAUAUGAACUGUAGGGUGAGGGGGUCUAAAAAAAGGUGGAUGUCAGAUCACAGAAGCUGAAUACCUUAAAAAGGAAGUUGCUUUAUGUGCCAUUGUUGUAGACUUUCUUCUCUUUCCCAACCUUCAGUACUGGAAGUGAGUCAGGGUGGGGAGAAAAGUACUUGAAGUAAUAAAAGUGUAGCAGGUUAAGGCAAGGGAAGGGGAUGAGUUUAGUUCUUACCAGGUUGCAACUUUGAUUGUUAAAAAAAUGGAAUUACACAGACUUAUGAAUACAGAUGUGGCUGCCUGUCACAUCUAUUUUAUCCCUCAACAACAACAACAAAAAAGUUGGAAUUGUCAUAUAUUAUAGUUGCACAUUCCAUUUUCAUACAUGAAAGUAAUACUUUGUAAGAAGUUUUCAGGUAUGAGAAGUAGUCCCUGUGGGGCUGAUUCACAUAUAGCUAGAGUAUGCAAGGUGUGGGAGCAUGAAAAUGUGUGUCUUCAGUCCAUACACAGCAAAGCUGUGAUGUUGUUAUUUUGUACUAUUCCUGCCCCCUUUAUAUGGAAGGAAGGAUUGUGUAAAUCAUUCCUACAGUCCAUAUAACAAGUUUUAUGAAAAUAGAACUUAAAUAUCCAUAGACUUUCACCAUGUUUAUAGAUAACUCUGUUCCUUGAAGUAUGUCAGCUGUCUUUCCAGAAACAGUUUGCAGAUUAUCUGAAGUAACUACAGAACCAGCAGAGGGAGCAUGGAUCACAACUUUUCAACAUUGUUUGUUAAAAUGAAUUCAGCAACCUUUGCUAUUAUUUUCUAAAUGCAAAUGAAAUUACAGUUGUACUUAGGGCACUAAACCGUAACUUAAUCUUUUGUGAAGCAUACUGCUUAACUAAUAAUGGCCCUAUAUAUUCUUUAUGCUCAGUUUGGAAUUGUGUAUGUUGCUAUUACAAAUGUUUGAUAGUAAAGUAGUAUAGAAUGUACUGCGGGGGGGGGAGCAUAAUGUGACAUUGACUAGAAAUUUUAAAACUAUUAACAUUUACUAUUGACAUAAGAGUAUGUCAUUUACAUAGAAGAGUUUUUUUUCCCUUAGUAAGAGAUGUAGAUACAGACAUUGCUUUUGAGACUCACUUCUUGCUAUUUUUAACCACACUGAUUAUGACUUUGAAAAGAGAGACUAGAAUAUGAAAGGCUGCUAAAGGAUAGCACCAACAUUGCUUGAGUUUUGACUCCAGGUUAAAAUGUGGCUAUCUACCCAAGCCGCUAUAGUGGUGCCCUUGCUUGGCUGUUGCAGUUAUGUUGUUAGCAUAAUUCCCACUGUCUUUUAGAAGGUGUGGAUCCCUUCUUGCAUGUUUAAACCCAGUGCUUCUUUGGCAGUACACACAGUUCUUACGUUCCUCAACUCCCCAUUACUGGGGGGGGGGGGAGGUACUUUUGUGGUUGAUGGAAAGAAACCUAGAAUACACUGAAAUCACUGUGAAAUGAAUCUAGUAUAUCUCACCCACUGUGUUCUGUUUCUCUGCUCUAAGGAAUGGUGUGGUCAGAUGUUAAAAGGCUCUGGUAUGAAGGCUUGGAAGACUUCUUAGAAGAAUCCCGAAAUCAACUUAGUUUUGUCAUGAAUUCUCUCUAUUUGGCAACUUUUGCUCUCAAAGUAGUUGCGCAUAACAAGGUAAACAUCAACUCAGUGUUUGAUAACACUGUGUUGUACAGAAUCCUGUAUAACCUUUUAAAAAAAGAAGUAAAAAAAAUGUUUUAAAACAACAAAACUCUUGGUGGUUGACACCAGCAUAAAAUUACGCUGUUUUUCAAAAUGGAGGGCGUCCUAGGAACACUCAUUCUUAAUUUAAAGCCUCAAAGUAUGUCUUUGAUUUCAGUCUAUAUAUUUAGCACUAGUAGAGAAAGUAAGCAUGUGAAGAUCUAGCCGCAUGUUGAGUCUUUCUGUUUUCUUAUGUUUUUGGUGUGUUUGAUGGUGUAUUCGAGUGUUUUUAUUCUAUUAUAGAAAAAAAGGAUGUGAAUCAACAGCAACGUUACUAUUCAUCCAAGUAGAUUUGUAGUCUUAUCUGAAAUUAGUUGCAUUCAUUGUUGUCAUCCAUCUGGAGUGUGACUCUGGGGGUGAAGUCAAACUGCUGGAGAAUCACAGCGCCUCCUGUGGCUGCAGAGACUGGUAACUGCUGCCUCCUGCCUUGUUUCUGCUGCAGUAGCAGCACCAAAGUGACUCCCUGGGGUGCGAGCCUGGCUAGUGUGUAUGGAAGUCCUGGGCUGCCCAGAUGACAAGGCCACUAUCUCUUGACCUCACAGAUGUGACCCAAAGGAAAGCAGAGCAUUCAUAAGUCUCAUAUAUUGUGCACAUAUUAUAAAAUGAAACUGGGGAUUUAUGUGCCAUAUGAGUAUAUAAUACAGAGGCUUAUACAUCAGACACCUACUAAUUCUAAUUAGACACAUUUUUUUCCAGUGAAGGCUGUGUUACAAGCUUUAGCUACAGCCUAGAAUCAUCAAAUUGUGGAGAUAGAAGGUAUCCUGAGGGCCAUCUAGUCCAACCCCCUGCAAUGCAGGAAUAAACAUUCCCUUUAUUUUCUUGGAGAAUAUUUGUGAAACAUUGGCUUAUUUGCUAUGAUCAGCAAAUCAUCUGUUUUCCUAAUGAUGAUCAAAUCUGAUUAAUUUAUACAUCGCUUUGCAAAUUAAUAAAGUGCUUUAUAGCCUGUAUCCUGCUUUCCCUCACAAUAACUUUGGGUGGAGUGCUGCUUACAUUCCCAUAAGGCACUAAGACUUAGAAUUGUGACUUGCUGAAGGCCACAGAGCCAAUGGCAGAAGCGAGACAUGGCAGAAGCGAGACUGGGGGAAGAGGGGGAAUUUUCAUCAGGACCGCAUGGAGAAAGGCUUUAAGGCCUUUCCAUCGGUGCCAUUAUCCUGAUAUGGAUUGGGGUCUCUGCAGCUGAUGCUUAAAGCAUGCGUGGGUAGAGAGGAACACACAGAGAGAUGUAAAUGCAGAUACACAUUUAUUGUACUGUGCAGUUUGGCCCUAAGGGAGUGUGGCUGCGUUUGAUACAUCCAUCCUUUGUGCUUCCCUUCCCUUUCGUUUUCACUUCACUUUAGAUUACAAGCUUCUUUGGGACCUUUUUAUUUUUAAAUGCAGACCGCUAAAGUAUUGGGUGCAUUAAUCAUGCCAUAUAUAAUAAUAAUAUGGGCCUUUCUUCAUGAGAAUAAUGUAUGUGCAGCUUUUUAAUUUUGAAUCCCUUGGUUUGGUGUGAUAUCUAUCUUACCAGUCUCUGCAGUACAGUGUUCCUUCAUCUAUGUUAACUGUGGUAGAUAUUAGUUACAAUUUGCUCCCAACCCAAGAUCUGAAUCCAGGUUAUGAAUCUUGAGUGAGGAAUGUACCCUGAUUAGGAUUAAUCAUUGUUAAUGUUAAUACAGACAUGAUACUGAACAAUGGCCAAGAGUCACAAGGAAAGGUGCUCUUGAGGGAAGGGUCUGUAGACGGGGGCAUGUGAUCUACUGCCCACUCCCAGUCAUGACUAAUGGAGGGAAAACAAAUCUGUACCAGCCUUAAUGGAUGGCAGAAAUCGUCUUGCUGCAACUGUAUUAAUCUGAACCACUCAGAUAUUUUUUCCUCAUGUGGCUGCCUUUCUUGUUGUCUGGUAUUCAUUUGGAAUGCAAGAUAAAGCUGUAUCUUCUUAGCUCUGCUUGCUAGUCAUGUAAGAACCUUCCAGAUUAAAUAGGCUUAUAUCUAUCCUGACAAAAUAUUGCCUCGAGUCAGAAAAUCUCAUUCAAAUAAAGCUAGCUUAUAUUUUAGACAGAAAUAAAUUGAGUGUAAAAAAAAAAGUCAGUAGGGCAGCUGUUUGAUCAUUGGUCCAUUAUUUUACCUCAUUCAGUUCUGGAUCUUGUCCUGGAUUGUUAGCAGCUGGAGAAUACUCCUGUUUCUUUGCAGCCUCCUGUUGGCUACAUUCAGUAGCAAUGUCAAGCCAUGCUUUGUUAUGAGCAAGCCUCAGGGUGGUGUGUUCCCUCCUUGUCUUGCCAACUCUUUUUUUUAACAUGAGCUGGCGGAUUUGUAACAAAUUAUAGUUUGCUGUUUCAUCCGAAAUACACUGAGCAUUGGUUUGUGCAAAUCAGUGUUCACUGCAUUUGGAUAUAACAGCAAAAUAUCAUUAUCCUGGAAAUUAUAAACCAUUACUGCUGAUCUUUGCCUCUCACAACUUAAAAGGGGGAAAGGAAAUGUGUGACCCUUGGUGUUUGCGAUUUGUUCAUGGUUGGAAGAUAGGCUACAAUCAGAUAGUGUGUGUCAUUGGUUGAUGAAAGCUAUCACUGGAUUAUCUAUUAUAACUUAAACUAACUUCAACUUCUUUCAAAAACUCUAGUUCCAUAAUUUUGCUGAGAGGAAGGAUUGGGAUGCCUUCCACCCUACCCUGGUGGCAGAAGGUCUGUUUGCUUUUGCCAACGUUCUGAGUUACCUUCGACUUUUCUUCAUGUAUACAACAAGCUCUGUCCUAGGGCCACUUCAGGUAAGUUGUCCUAGGGGCAAAAUGGCUAGGUGUAAUUGCCUCUGGGUUUUCAGAUAGACUCUGUACUUAUGUUUAAAUAUCCAUCAUUGUGUGUAUUGAUAGUUAUUCGUUCUGUGGUUGGAUAGUGACCUGAUUAUGUGGGCUUAUUGGGGCAUAUAAAGUGGUGGUUCUUUCACUGGGCUAGAAACUUUAGAAACGAAACAAAAAUGGCAUUAUACAUGGUACACAAAAGAGUGCAGCAUCCUUUAAAAAGGAAGUUGCUUUAUGUGCCAUUCGAAGGUGAAUUGAGAUCAAAGCGUUAGCAGCACACCCUAUUUAUAGUGCCAGAUAUUAUGGAAAUAAUUCAGAGGCCUAGUUCCAAAGAGAUCUAGUUGUGUGACAACAGCAACCAAGGAAGGUAAUAUAAAAGAGUGCACACCUGUCUGUUAGACACAGCUCAAAGAGCCAUAUUAUUGUUGUGUUCCUCCCCGAUUACAGUUAACACAUGAGACAUAUAAGAAAAAACAUCAAAUGUUACCCAUAAGACUCUUCGUGUCACAGCAGGGAGAGUUCUCCAGUUUUUAUUCCUUUCCAUCUUACCAACUUAAUCUCAUUUUCUAUUGCAAAUUCCUCAUUAAUAGUACAGGGAGGCAACAUAUUAAACAUUAAAAAGUCUGUAUUCAUUUUUGAAGACAUUCACUAUGUAACGUACAUAUUUAUUUACGUAUUGCAACUAUAACAUGCAUUUAUAUUGGCCCUCUAUGUAGUGAAGUCAGAAAUCCAGUUGUACAUAAACAGCCAACAGUCACCCCAUUCAAUGGCACACUGGAGCUUUCGUUGUUCUUGUUGGCGACCAUAGACUGACCCACAUACUUUUCCAAAAGUACGUCAUGACUUUCAAAUGCCCAUAAACUGCACCCCAUCAGAGAAAUGAAACACAUAUUAAUGCAACACCUUUAUAUUUUUAUAUACACUUUCAAAGCAGUUUGCCAUCUUCCUUUAUCUCCAACUAUGAACGCUUUUAAUAAAUUAUUUGAAAAGCUGAAUAAAUUGAUGUUUAUAUUUAUUGUAAGUUGUUUUGUGGAUACACGGGUCAAAAUGCGGGAUGGAUAUAUCCUAACUUUACUGCUACUAAAAACAGUCUUUACAAUAAUCUUUACAAUAAGAUUGUUUUUGUGUAACAAACGCUUCAGAUUUUCACAAAAAAGUGUCUUCUACAAAUGUAUAACACUUUGUAGGUGUAACGCUGACUACUAAAGUCCGUGCCUAAAUUAUAGCUACCCUUAACAGGAUUUGUUUUGUCAUCCUAUUAAUCUCUCUGGGCAGUAAAAAAAGAAUCUGGUACCCCUAGUAUCUGUGCAGUACUCCAGAGAAAGUGCUAUAGCCCUUCCCAUUUUUGUUUUAGGGUUAGUGUAAAACAGGGAUAGCCAGCAUAGUGCCUUCUAGAUGUUGUGGAGUACAAUUCCCAUCAUCCUUGAUCAUUGACCAUGUUGGCUGGGGAAUAUGAAGACUGUAGGCCACAACAUCUGAGGGGUACCACAUAGGCUAACCCUGCUAUAGAAAUUAUACAUCAGAGCUUUAAAUCUGUUUAUUAAUUUCAUAACCCAAUCCUAUGCAUAUUUACUCAUAAGUCCGCAAUCCUUUGCACUCAUGUUUGCAUGUAAACCUCAUGGAACAUAGUUAAAGUUUUCAUACCAUCUUCAGUCAUGAAAUUGUUAAAGAUUAUAUGUAUAUACAUACGUAGUUUUAUUUGUAUGCUGCCUUUCUGUAGUUUAAAACCAUGCUCAGGAUGGCUUCUAAAAUGAACUACCUAAUUAAAAAAAUGAAGUACCUAAUUAAAGCAUAACAAAAAGUUGUCAUAAAUAAGUAAAACAUCAAAAAGUACGAAACCAAAUUGAACAAUUUCCACAUAAAUCAUAAGAUCUAAAAUAAAGAUACAAAAAAUAAUAUCAGCAACAUAACUCCUUAAUCAAUACCCCAGAUUAUCAUUGAUUCUACGUGUUAUAGUUAUUAUUUUUGCUUCAUAUAUAUCAUUUGAGUUAAGGAAACAGUCUGUAUUUUACUUUUACUAUGAGAAUAAUACAGUACAGUACAAUAAAAUUUAAUUCUUGUAGUCUGUGGUUUUAUCACAGCUCUCUCCCAACAGUGUUCAGAACAGCUGCUUGACUUUUUUAUAGUGUCGUGAAUUUGGUCAGGAAAAUCUGCUUGUCCUGGAAAUAGUUUUUCUAGCAUGCCUUCUUCAUAUGCAAUCACCAUUUGAUAUUUCAUAGCUGUUUAAAACUGAGAACAAAUCAAUAUGUUCCUACAGAUUUCAAUGGGGCAGAUGUUGCAGGACUUCGGAAAAUUUCUUGGAAUGUUUCUUCUUGUGUUGUUCUCAUUCACCAUUGGGUUGACCCAACUGUAUGAUAAAGGGUUCACUGUGGAUGAAGAAAAGGACUGUGCUGGGAUUUUCUGUGAGCAGCAAAGCAAUGAUACCUUCCACUCGUGAGUUUCUUAGUGUUGAUUGAGAUCACGGUUUUUCUUUUAUAGAACAUGAGUGCAUUGAUUCCAUUGAUCUGGCCUUUAAUGCACAGUAACUACUUGAUCUAACUACAGUUUUUCUUUUCCCCCCAGAUUUAUUGGCACCUGCUUUGCCCUGUUUUGGUACAUAUUCUCUCUUGCACAUGUAGCCAUUUUUGUCACGAGAUUUAGCUAUGGCGAAGAACUACAGUCUUUUGUGGGUGCUGUUAUUGUUGGCACAUACAAUGUAGUAGUUGUAAUUGUCCUUACCAAGCUCUUGGUGGCGAUGCUCCAUAAAAGCUUUCAGCUGAUAGCGGUAAGUGUUUUGAAAACAAGAUUUAUUGUAUUUUAAGUGUCAACAGUGCUCUUGAUUCUGUAUAGCACAAUAAUGUGGGGCUUGAUCUGGAAGCUGCAGCUAGUGCAGAAUGCUAGAACUCAAUUGCUGACAGGAGUGGGGUCUUGUCAGCAUAUAACACCUGUGCUCAGGUAUCUACACUGGUUGCCAGUUUGCUGCCAGGCUGGGCUCAGGCUGUUAUUUUUAGCAGAUAUAAACCCCUUAACAAUUUGGGACCCUUUUAUGUACGAGAUUGCUUUACCCCACAUGUGCCCACUCAGCCACUUUGAUCAGCGGAAUUGUCCCUCCAUCAGGUGACACAAAAUGCCCAUUCCACAUUUGUAAGAGCUUGAUCAUUUAGUGUGGCAGCACCUGUACUUUGGAAAUCCUUGCCCAUUCAGAUCAAGCAGGUGGCUUCACUGUACAAUGGUACCUCGGGUUAAGUACUUAAUUCGUUCUGGAGGUCCGUUCUUACCCUGAAACUGUUCUUAAUCUGAAGCACCACUUUAGCUAAUGGGGACUCCUGCUGCCGCCGCGCCGCCGGAGCCCGAUUUCUGUUCUCAUCCUGAAGCAAAGUUCUUAACCCGAGGUACUAUUUCUGGGUUAGCGGAGUCUGUAACCUGAAGCGUAUGUAACCUGAAGCGUAUGUAACCCAAGGUACCACUGUACUGUUUUCAACACCUGCCCAAAACAUUCUUGUUUGGACAAGCCUACCCAGAGACUUAGGAAUGUAUGUGUUAAAGUGUGGUUGUGGAUUUCACGCGAUUUUACUGUUUUAUCUUUUUGUAAACUGCUUUGAAGUUGUUGUUUUUACAAUCAAGCAGUGUAUAAAUUUUAUGAAAGAAAUAAUAGACAUGUAAAUACAUGGUGGCAAAAUAGGUAUUGUCGGGAAUUCUGGCCCCAUUAUGAACUGAGCCCAAGCCUCUACCCAAGUUUGAGCCUGGUUCUUGGUGGGUUUGUUGUCAACCAUCUCUUCUCACCUGCAGCACCCUUACAAAGGGGAGAUGGACAAGAAGCUUCAUGCACAUGGUUAAAUAUUGGGGGCAUCUUCUUCUUUGUGCAUGUGUGGGGGUUGUACUUUUGCGUGUGUUAAUUCCCUGUCACUUAGUUUUGUAAUUUAUAAUCACCGCUCAGCAGAACCUUUGGUAUCUAUUUUCCCAACCCCCCCAUUAAUUUAGAAUCAUGAAGAUAAAGAAUGGAAAUUUGCUCGUGCCAAGCUCUGGCUUAGCUAUUUCGAUGAUAAAUGUACACUACCACCACCCUUCAAUAUUGUUCCAUCUCCAAAGACUAUAUGCUACCUAUUUAACAGCCUCAGUAAGUGGAUCGGCUCUCAUACAUCAUCUGGCAAAGUCAAGCGACAGAAUAGUUUAAAGGUAAGAAAUAGAAACAUAGAACCAUAAAAUCAUAGAGUUGGAAGAAACCAUGAGGGUCAUGUAGUCCAAUCCCCUGCAAAUAGUUAUAAAAUACUAACAGGGAGUGCCCAGCGGUGCCCAGGAAUUUUUAGAAACCAAAAGAUACAGUGAUUUUUAAAUGGAGAGUGUAAUUCGUGAGUUUACACCCAUCAUGCAAAAAAAAACAAACCAAAAACCAGGCGACAAAAUGGGUGAAGUCAUGCCAAAGGCAUGUUUUUGUCCACCACCUUGAUUCAAAACGGUGCCUGGCAUCCAAACAUCAAUGAAGUAUCUUCCACAAGUCAGUUGCAAGCUAUUUGAGUGCAACCUCUGAAGUCCUUUCUGCUUUUCCCUCUCAUAACAUUAUUUAAGGGUUUAAAGUACAGUAGUGCAAAUUCAGUGAGUUUUUUUUCUAUAGCAAGAUGUUAAUUCUAAAAUGAUGCAUAUUUGUUAGUUUUCCCCUACCAUGUGCUAAUUUUAAGCAUGCCCUGUGACAUGUCAAAACAAAAUACCCAAAGGAAACACUGCAGCCUCUUUGUUUUACAACUGCUUUGAAUAAACAUAUCUAGGGCACCCUCUCAUCAGGUGUCAUGAUUACUAGAGUUCCUUUCGCAGGUAAAAAUAAUUGAAGAAUCAUCCCACAUCUUAAUACAGACCUUGGUACAGAGGCAGGAGUUUUGGGGUUUGUUUGUUUUUUUAAGGGAAGGCAUGUUUUGUGCAUGUAAAACUAGCAUGGGUGGGCUUUCUCUUGCUCAGUGAGGCUUCUCCUUCCCCUAUUGUGCUGCUUCCCACACAACACCUAAAUAUGCUGCAGAGGGUUUAGUGAACCCCUGAAGAGGUUUUUCUGGGUGGGAACGCAAAGCACAGAGUGGAAGUCCCAUUCUGCAAGUGAUUUCCAUUGCACAUGCUGGUGGGCGUAAUUAGACGUAGCCCAUUAAUUUCUUAUCCAGAUAGAUCAUCGGUUCCUCUAUAGCAGGCAUACUUGGCCCUCCAGAUGUUUUGGAACUACAAUUUCCCUCAUCCCUGACCGCUGGUCCUGUUAGAUAGGGAUGAUGGGAGUUGUAGUCCCAAAACAGCUGGAGGAUCAAGUUUGGCCAUGCCUGCUCUAUAGUAACUGUGUAUCCUAUUCUUAGUUUCUGCUGUGUAUAUUGCUAAAGAUGAGAAGAAAUUAGAAUUUGUUGAUGGUUUUGUGUGUGUGUGUGUGUAUGUGUAUGCAUGCUAUACAGGCUGAAGCAGUCAAAAUGCAGAUUGCACUUCAAGACACAUCAUAAGAUGCAUAUGUGCAGCAUAUUAUUAAGGAGUUAAGCAUUUAGAGGACAUUCUAGGAAACAAAACUUUUACCCAUUGUAUUCAUGGGAUACACUGAGUAUUAUCCAUAAGUAUAAUCUUUCAAUUCAUGGCAGAGAGCUUAGAAAAGCUAGUCAAGCUGUAGACAAAUACACAUUAUAUAGUCUCAGCCAAGCAAUUUGAAAUCCAUGGUGGAGCUAUUACGUCUAAAACUAAUAGACAGAAAUAUGGGGCAGAAAUAUGGAGAGACAGCAGGGAACAGAUAAGAGAGAGAGCACAAGGCAAACACACACACACUCAGAGCAGUUUGGGAAUGGGAGCUCAGCACUGGCUCACUGCUGGCCACUUGAGACCCAUAGCUGCCACUUCUGCUGAAAACUCUAUAUUGCUCUGCCACCGCACUGAUCACUGGUGAGAUGAACUAUCCAGUAUAGGAAUAAUAAUAAUAAUAAUAAUUUAUUAUUUAUACCCCGCCCAUCUGGCUGGGUUUCCCCAGCCACUCUGGGCGGCUUCCAAAAGAAUAUUAAAAUACUGUGAUACAUCAAACAUUAAAAGCUUCCCUAAACAGGGCUGCCUUCAGAUGUCUUCUAAAAGUCUGGUAGUUGUUGUUCUCUUUGACAUCUGGUGGGAGGGCGUUCCACAGGGCGGGCGCCACUACCGAGAAGGCCCUCUGCCUGGUUCCCUGUAACUUGGCUUCUCGCAGUGAGGGAACCGCCAGAAGGCCCUCGGUGCUGGACCUCAGUGUCCGGGUAGAACGAUGGGGGUGGAGACGCUCCUUCAGGUAUACUGGACCGAGGCCAUUUAGGGCUUUAAAGGUCAGCACCAACACUUUGAAUUGUGCUCAGAAACGUACUGGGAGCCAAUGUAGUCUUUCAAGACGGGUGUUAUAUGGUCUCGGUGGCCGCUCCCAGUCACCAGUCUGGCUGCUGCGUUCUGGAUUAGUUGUAGUUUCCGGGUCACCUUCAAAGGUAGCCCCACGUAGAGCGCAUUGCAGUAGUCCAAGCGGGAGAUAACCAGAGCAUGCACCACUCUGGCGAGGCAGUCCUCCGGCAGAUAGGGUCUCAGCCUGCGUACCAGAUGGAGCUGGUACACAGCUGCCCUGGACACGGAUUUAACCUGUGCCUCCAUGGACAGCUGUGAGUCCAAAAUGACUCCCAGGCUGCGCACCUGGUCCUUCAGGGGCACAGUUACCCCAUUCAGGACCAGGGAAUCCUCCACACCUGCCCGCCUCCUGUCCCCCAGAAACAGUACUUCUGUCUUGUCAGGAUUCAAUCUCAAUCUGUUUGCCGCCAUCCAUCCUCCAACCGCCUCCAGACACUCACACAGGACCGUCACCGCCUUCACGAAGGUACGAAGACGUCACCUGCCAACCUUCCAGGAUCUCUCUCCCUGUCUAGCAGGCAUGCAUGCACAAAUAUGACUGUGCAAAAUAGAACAUUGGGGUGGAUCAUGCCCAGUCUUAUUUUACCAUUAUACACAAGCUUUUUAACCGGGAGGGGGGGCGGAUCAUAGCCAUCUGUACAUUAUAUAUAAUAUGUCACUGUUUGCUUACAGGAGUGGAGAAAUCUGAAGCAAAAGAGAGAUGAGAAUUACCAAAAGGUAAUGUGUUGUUUAGUUCAUCGUUAUUUGACUUCCAUGAGACAGAGAAUGCAAAGCACUGAUCAAGCGACUGUAGAAAAUCUCAAUGAGCUGCGGCAAGACUUAUCAAAAUUCCGAAAUGAAAUGAGAGACCUGCUUGGGUUCCGGACUUCAAAGUAUGCUAUAUUUUAUCAAAGAAACUAGGAAUCAAGGUUUUAAAUAAAAUGCCUAAAUUUAGACACAAUCAUUGGAAUAUAUUUAUUUUCAGCCCAAAUAAUAAACGAUGGAAAUUUCUUCUUGUUACAUUUUUUAAAAUGCCAUUGCAUGUAAUGCAGCCAAACUCAAUGGUGAAGAAAGUAACUAUUUUUUGUUCUUUUGAGGCUUUUUAUUAAGUAUACAAAAUGUAAAAUUUGUACAUAGUCUGCCAAAUGCAAAUGUAGAGUUUGUAAUGUGUCAUUAAGAAUUGGAUCUCAGAAUUUAGGCUGCAUUCCUAACCCUUGAAGAAAGCACCAUUCAAUUCAAUAGGGCUUACUUCUGAGUAGAUAGACAUGGUUAAGAUUAUGAUUUAUUUGCACACAUUUGCAUUUUUGAGAAGGAAACAGUAAUUGAAUCUCCAUCCCCAAUACCAAUAUAGGUUAGGCAGUACAAAUAACUAUAUUUACAAUAUUAAAAGAAUUGUUAUCCUUUCAAGUAGAAGUAUAUAUGUGAGGAAGAUAUUGGAAUACUUUAAAAGAGCACAUUUGUGAAAAGGCUAUCAAUAAAGAUUACAUAAUACAUUUUUAAAAAGCUAUGAAAAGCCAUAUCAUUAUAACAAUAAUAUUUGUCAUUCUUGUACUCCACUCUACUGAAUGAUACCAAAGAUAUCAUUUUGGAACUUGAACGAUGAUAAUAUUUUAGAAAAUAGUUGAGUAAAUUGCUGAUAGAUAAUUCUAAGGUGUCAUCUGUGUCCAUGCCUUUUGGCUCUAUUUAAAUCAAUUUGAUUUCAAGUGAGUUCCUAAAUUCACACUUACUGCACAGUACUGUACAUGAAAUACAGAUUUUUCAGUUGUGGGCCCCAGACUCAGUGUUGAAAUUGCAGUAAACACAGGGCAACCACUUGGGAUUUAAACAAGCCACAACUUCAUUGAUUACAGAUGUCAACAGGUUUGGACAUAGGCAUUUGGUGUGAGGGAGAGGGGGUGAGGAGAACCCCUGGCACUGAGUGCUUCCUGGCACCCCACUACACUUGCCGCUGCUGCCUCCUGUAGCCCCGAAAUCCUACCCUGCUAUUAAGGAUUGGCACUUAAAAGUGCCUUUUGUUCAACAAUCUGUUGCCACUCACUGAAGAAAACACUUGGGAGGCCCAGCUUCAGUUUCAGACAUUUCCAAGGCCCAGGAUCUUCUUUGGGAGACUCCUGGCAAUGUCCUUCUUUGGCAGAGACCAAGCUGUGACUGAAAACAGCCCAGGCUCGGCUCCUUUAUAUGCCAUGGGAACAGACCAGAUGGAAGCCAAGAAGACUAAGUCUUCCUUCUGGUCUGCCCCCAAGCUGCACCCACAAGCUUGCCUGUGAUUGGCUGAGACCAUGGCUGAGCCCCAGCAGUCAGCAUAGCUUGCGGGGGGAGGAAGCAAUGUUCGACCAGGCCACGGUGAAGCCAGGCAGGCACCUGCUGCCGCCACCUGUGUGGGACCUAUAUAGAUAUCCUACAGAUGACAACGAAAGGAAUUUAAAGCUGGUCUUCUGAGAUCACAGCAUUAGCUGUUACAGCAGCCUUCCCCAACCUGUUGCCUUCCAGAUGUUAUGAACCACAGCUCCCGACAGUUAUGCUGAAAGGUUGGGGAAAGCUGCAAUAGGCAAGCACUCUUUGGUAUAACACUGUUAAUGAAAUGACACCUUGCUGUCAUGCUGAAGCAUUUCUUAGAAUGGAAAUUCUCUGCGUGUAUAUCUACACCUAUGCAUAAGGAUUGAGAGAUUAUGGCGGCACCAGUUCUAGUUAUCAGUGGGUCAAGGUAGAUGCAGUGAACUUAAAACUCAUUGAUUUAAUCGGAAGCAUCCCAGAUUUUAAUGGGAUUGGGUCCUGUGUGUUCAUGGGAAAUACUUUAUGAAGACAUUAAUGGUUUUGUCCUUAUACUUCCUGUUUUGAAUGCAUUUUGCUUUUGCAUUUUAUCACUUAUUUAUAUAAUAAGUAUUGUCAUUAUCUGCUGUUUCAUUCUACUUGAAGAAGAAUAAGCUAGGGAUUGUUAGUACGGAAUACUGAUGCUCUGUUUACUUGGAAAGGAAAACCCUUAAUUCUAUGCCAUGGUUAAUACUUAGCACACCCAUGGUGACAAAAUGUUAUUUCUGCACAGGGCACUGGUGUGCUUAAGUCUCAUUGAUGUCAUGCGGUGUAAAUAUAGUAGGAAUUGCUGUUGUCUGACUUUAUAUUAGCUUGCAGAAUUUAAGGGCAAAAGGUGCUGGUCUCCUUGUAGCGUAAAUCGGGAUGAAUGAGGGAACAAGGUUUAAGUCAGUAUUCCUCCUAUUUAUUAUAAUGAUGUUUUUAUGAAAAAAAUAAUAUAUUUUGUAUAUUAAAAAGAUAUAUGUGUGACUUCAUUAGAAAGAAUGCAGAUUACCUAAAGAUUUUUUUUUAAUUGUAUGUAGACUUCAAUAUAAAUAAUGACUCAAUCCAGACUUAUGAAAAAGCUGGUGGCUUAAGAUAUUUGAAUGCUUUGUGCCAUAUGUUAUAUCUUGUCUCCUGAAACACUAGAGAAACAGAAUAAAUAACUAUUUUUUGCAGGGGGAGGCAAAUGCUGACCUAAUGGAUAAUCUAAGAAUCUGUUCAGAAAAAUUGUUGCCAUUGAUACCAUAUACAGUAUAUCACAUGAAACUGUGUGCUUUGGAGAUCUUAAUUGUAAAAUGCGGAACAAAAGCUACUUUUUUUGUUACACUAUUUCCCCCCCCCCCCCCCGUUUUCCUGCCUUUUUCAGGCAACCAGAUUAUAAACUGUGCUUCUGCUUUUUAAAAAGGCUUUAUAGAAAUAAAUGACAAAACCUGUGUUUUCCAGGUUCUUACAACUAAUUUGAGGGGCCCUUUCCAGAAUGUUUAUCUUGUGGUAAUGUGGUUGUAACUAUUUUUAAGGAGUAGUUACAAAUGAGUUGCUCCAAAUCUAGUCUUCUCUCAGACGUUAUGUUUCUGUUUUUUUUAAAAAAAUCUUGCCAUUAUCAUUCCACAAGCACACAGCAUGAAUAGCACAAAAUAAGUGAUGCAGGAAAAAACUCAGAAGAAAACCUGAUGAGAAUGUGUUUUGCUGCAGAAUUCAGGAUUUAUACUGUAUACAAUGCAGAAUCCAAUAAGGUAUGACAGCAGUUGAUGGCUUUCUGCUGAUGAGCCAGCGGAUGUCUUUGGGGUAAUCCUUCCAGACUUCAUUGUGUUUCAAAGUGAAUUUUCAUUUCAUAUCAUUCUUGAAUUGGAUACUUCUGUAACUUAAGCUUUUUUAAAGAGUUGUUUCAUUUCCUAAUAAGCUUUUUGACAUUAAAGAAUUGUUGCCUAAAA